AUGUCGUAUAUAGAAGAACAACUUGCUACAAAUAUUCCCUCAUCAUUAGGGGCACGAGACUUUAUGAUUGAACGUUUGAUUCUUCGAGAUAACACUAUCGAACUAUUGCGCCAAAACGGAAAAAGUCAACAAGUCGAAGAUGAAUUAUUAUCAUUAGCGAAAUGUGAAUGUAACACGGGCAAUAUAUUUGAGCCAACAAAAUGUAAAUGUCGAGCACGCGAAGCCCAUUUUUUGGUAGCGCAAUUUUAUUACGAUACGAUACAAUAUCUGAAAGCUUGGCAAUGGUACAGUCAAAUUAAAGACGUAGAUCUACGAGCUCUUUAUCAACUGGCCGUGAUGUGUUUUGAGGAAGUUUCACCACCAGAGUGUAAACCAGGAUAUGGUGUUCAACAAGCAGAAGAAAAAGCUGAAAGCUGGUGGCUUUUAGCUGCUUCGGAUGACAAAAAUCAAGCACUAAUGGAAGCAAUGACAGCUUUGGCCUUUUUUUAUUCAAGAAAAUAUUCUAAUUUUUAUAAUAUGACAAAAGCAUUUGAAUGGCAUUAUAAAGCAGCAAAAAAAGGCAGUCUUGAAAGUUUAGGUGCUGUUGGUUCAAUGUAUUUAUUUGGCCUUGGAACAAAACAGAGUUUAGAUCGUGCUGUUAAUUAUUUACGAGAUGCAGCGGAACGAGGCAACGUUUAUGCUAUGGGUUUACUAACGUACUGUUAUUAUACUAAAAAACUAUAUACAAAAGCAACAGAUUUAGCACAGAAAUUAAUAUGCCUGGAUAAUGUUGAAGAGCUAUCUCGUGCAACAUGCUGUUUACCACAAUAUAUCAAGAAGGGAAUUGCUUUGUCAGCAUUUGUUCUUGGAAGGUGCUAUGAAUUGGGCAAUGGUAUCAAACCUGAUUCAAAACAAGCAUUGAAAUAUUAUAGACAGUGUUUUAAAUUUGAUGCUGAUAUUUGUUCGCUACUACAAGAUUACGUGGCUCACCAAAAAAUAUGA